GGGCAGGUGAUGGGGUGGGGCCGGCCUGGUGGUCGGGUCUCCCCUGUAGAAGGGAUCGGGUCUCCCCUAUAGAAGGGAUCGGGAGCAGGCUCCGUUUGCAUGCAGUCUGGUCCGCGGCCGUGGCCUUGGCCUACAGCUAAGUUGAAUCCAGAGCUCAUUCGCUCAUCACUUUGCCAGACCUCAGUGCUCCAGGGUGAGGGGGGAGGAGAGAAGCAGGCAUGCUGUGUGAGGCCUGGCUUGGUGAUAAGCAGUCCCAGAAGGCAAUCUCGAAAUGGGCAAAACCCACAGCCAGAGGACUAAGGUCGGAGAUGAAGAAGGACCCCUAGACUCUUAGGGGGUCAUUAUACUUAGAGAAACUCUCUGUACUUCUUCAGAGAGAAGAGUCUUUGAAAUUGAGAAAACCCUCUGAGUGUUUUAAAUGCCAUUGAUUCAGGAUGAAGCUGGGAGACACGCUCAUUGAUCCCCCUGGACUCCUCCUGCCUUGAAUUCUUGGUGGGGGGCAAAUGGGCCAUUUCUUUAAAUGAAGGGAGCCAGAGAAGGGCAGAGGGGCUCUCCCAGGUCCCUGCUUUGAGCAAUGUUUGUGUCUCGCUUGUCUUCACACCCAGGGGCAGACCCCAACAAAGUCGGGCUCUCCUCUGGCUUCCCUUUCUUCUCUGACGACCUGCCCCCACACUGGCCCCUCCACCCUUGAUGUCCAGAUCUCCAGAAGAACAGGGAGUGGUUUUGGCGGUUGGCACAGGGGGAGCCGUUGAUGGCAUGAGGCCCUAUCAUCUGACAGCUGCCUGACCCACGGUGGGGGGCCCGGAGGGCGGUGCUGGGAGGAGAAGGAGGAGGCCACUCCUGUAGACAGCCGCACUCUAGGGUGAGGCCACUGCCCCUGCAGCUGCCACACUGCCCUGGGCAGCCGUGCACGCCAGCUUGCAGAGCGGAGGCAUCCUGAGGGCCACACGGGGCCCUGCAGGAGGGGAGGGAGCAUGGCUCUCAAGUUAGCAGGGAAGGCCCUGUUGAAGGUAGGCAGGAGUUCCUCAGGGCACUGGGUACAUCAAGUGCUGGGGAGGGUCCACUGUGUGGGCGUGUGAUAUUUCGGGGGCUGGGAUGAGGGGAGAAACUAACUUUUCUGUGUGUAACUACUAAAAAAAAAAAAGAAAGAAAGAAAGAAACCAAACCUGUUGCUAUUGAGUCGAUUUUGACUCAUAGCGACUCUAUAGGACAGAGUAGAACUGCCCCAUAGCAUUAAAUGACUUAAUGCACACGAAGCAUAUAACAUGUGCUCAAUAAAUGUUAGCCGUUCUCACUACUGUUAUUUUGACUAAAGGCCAGAAACUGGUCUGGGUAUUUCUAGAUCCUAUGAUACCCCACUAUGCCAGAUGCUAUGACCCCAUUUUAUACAUGAGGAAGCAAAGGCUCGGAGUGGCCAAGAACUACAUGAAUGCCUUCUCCAUUCCUUCCUGGGAUCACUGCUUGAAUCUGAUGGUAGCCAGGAUUCCUAAUCCAUGUCUGGGGAACAGGGUGACCAUGUGGGAGCCAAGCCCAUCGGCCAGUAGUCUGGGCCUGCUUAUAAUCCAAGCCCAAGAGCUACUUGCUCCCCGCUUCCCCAGCCUGGGCCAGACUGAUCCUGUGAGCAGUGGCUGCAGCAGGAGAGAGUGAAGUCAGACAUCAUGACAUCAUGAAGAACUUUUUGACCACGAGGGUGUAUAUGACCUUGGUCCUGGGGAAGAGGUGGCCCUUUAAUUGGGACUGGAGGGUGUUUUUUUUUUUUUAGGAAAAGAAAGUUUUGUUAAUCUGGGAUAUGCGUGUCUGCGUGUGUGUGUGUAUGCUUGUGUGUGUGCUUGUGUGUGCAUACGUGUGGGAUGGGUAAGGGUGGCUAGUGUCUUGUCUGGAUUUAGGAAAAGGGACAAGAUGAGUUUUGGCCUAGUUAGUCUAGCUAAAGGAUCACAUGAAGGGCGAAGUGAGUGAGUGAGCAGAUUCCAGGAUGGCCCGUGUACUGCAAAGGAGAAGGACCUUUUUAAGGGUCCCAGAUGUGUGGUCCAGGUCAAGGGGCCCCAGAUUCAUUGAGUCAGUCCCCUGGCCCAGCCAGUGGGCUUUCCGGCAGUCAGUCCACCGUGGACAAGGAGAACCCGUUUGGAGGCCACCUUGUUGUAACCCUGGGCUGCUGCUGUGAUAACGUGCGUGUUUGUUGAGAUGUUUUCCUGUCUCUGGCCCAUGGCCCGGGCCUCACAGGGCAGGAGUGGCUAUUUUCCUCCUGCAGAGUUGGUGUGUAGUAGAGUUUGCAGAUGGUGUGCUGUGUCGUACUUUGUUUUGGAAAAAUCCAGGCUGGUGGGCAGGAAGGAGAGGGGAAGGGGUGUGGAUGGAGGGGCUGGGGCGGGGGUUGGCCACAGCCCCCAGAGGAGAUGUCGGAAUGGGGAUGGGCCCCUGACGUAGAUUGUUCCCCAGUCUCAGGCUGCCUGGCAUGGCCCCUGGUGUUCACUUACAGACCCUCCUCCCGACUGUGCCCCCUAGGGACUGGAGUUCAGGAAACGGAUUUUCUUCUGGUCCAGAGCUGUGGUGUUUGUCUGUGGACCUCAAAGGAAGGCAGGACUCUUCCCACACAGGCACUGCUCCAAUCCUGCCCUGCCCAAAUCCUGGGGCUCCUGCGUCUUGCUGUGUAGGGGGAAGAAAGGCAGGAAUAACCGAGUAUGGGGUCACGGACCUUGAGCCACCCAGAGAAUGUCUGAGUGGUGAUCAGCUGCUCUCACCUAAGUGAGGACCAAGCAAAAAGAAUUGGCUGGAUCUGUAGCAGUAAGGGUGAGGGUCAGGUACCAGGAGGAACUUCUUGAUGGUGAGAACAGUGAGACACUGGGUGUUUUGGGGAGGCUGUAGAACCUUCUUGCAUAGGUGUCCUUUCAGUAAAGGAGAGACCAUGUUUUGGUGAUGAGGACAGGGGAGAAUUCUGCCUGGGGUCAGGGAGUUGGACCAAGUUCUGUUAUUGAUCUCUGUUUUGGGAAGAGCUGUGAGGAAGUUCAAAGUCAUGUGGGUAAAGGGCUUCGAGAGCCCCAAAGAGGAAAAGAGUGGGAAUGGAGGCAAAGAGGAGUCCUGGGUAUUCUGAAUGGUUAACACCUUGGCUGCUAACCGAGAGGUUGGAGGUUCAAGCCCACCUAGAGGCUCCUUGGAAGAAAGGCCUGGUGGUCUGCUUUCAAAAAAUCAGCCAUUGAAAACCCUGUGGAGCACAGUUCUACUCUGACACACAUGGGGUCACGAGUCAUAGUCAACUUAAUGGCAACUGUUCUUUUUAAUAGGUGGAGAGUUUAUUUUCCUUUUUAAAAGAAAAAUCUUUGUAGUACUGUUUGUAAAGGCCUCUAGUAAUUCUCUUCGAGGGCUCUAAGUGGAGCAGGUAGGAAGCAAUGUGAGCAGGGUCUUCCUGUUUUACAGAUGGUAAAUGAGACAUAGCAUAUUGCUUCUCACAUCAGGUCUGCUGAUGAGUAUCUUUCUUCCUCAGUUGAAUGUUAGCUCUCUGAGGUCAGGGACCUCACCUCCUCUGUUCCUUGGUGCCUGAAACAGCACCUGGCAUGCAAAGGCAUCUCCCAAUGAACGUUUAAUGAAUGAGGGAAUGAACAUGGUGAUUGGCGGUGCAGAGAUGGUGGGAUGUCUCCACUCACUCCUGCCCCUCUUGAAAAAGGUAUCUGUGAUUCUGUGGGCUUCACCAAGCGCCCGCUGCACCUCGUGUGUGAGGUCACUGGUGUGUUUGUGAGCAUUGGGGUGUGUGUGGUUUGUUUGCCCACACGCCCACCAGCCCAUUCACUGUCCCCACAGGCAGCCCUGGGAGCUUGUGUGUACCAACACUGGGACAUGUCCCCGCCUGUCUGUCUGCUCUCUGCCAGCAAGUAUCACAUGCCCCCAAACUUUGCAGAAAACAGGAAGUCCUGUCAGUUCGAGGGCAACCCAGUGAUUCAUCAAGGGAUGACAGUCCAGCUGUUGGUCUGUCCUCCUCCUCUGCAGUGGGGUCACUGUCCAGAGCAGCUUCUUCCCCCACCUCUCGGCCCCCAGCCGGCCUGGCGGAGCAGAGAGAGCUUGGACUUUGCCUUAUCACCUCUGAGGCGGCAUGGCCAGACUCUGUUGGGGCCAAGUUUUUAUUUAUCUUCCUGGCUUUUUGGGGUGGGGAGGCUGAGGAAUGUGGUGUGUUGUAAUGUUUGGAAGAGGGGGGCGGAGAAACAGGAGCCAGGUCUCCUGGCGGCUCAUCCCCUCGCCUUGCACCUUUGGAGGCUCCCAGCUCUCCUUGGUUCCCCAGUUCCCUUGCCAAGUCAUCUCAAUAUGUCCCAUUGUCUUCCUCCAACUCCCUGUGCCUGGACCCAUUCUGCUGGCCACAGUGGCAGUCUUGGCUUCAGUUGUGGCUUCCAGUUGUUCAAAGCAGCUGUGGUGGCCUCUUCUGAAGGUGGCUGUGGAUCGGCAACAGAUGAAACCCGGGGGGCUAUUUAUAGCAGGGUGGCCCUGGGGCCUGAGCAGAGCCUCAGGCUGGGGAGGUUCAGCGACUCUUCAUCAGGGCCCAGGGAAUAGAGAUGGAUGAAGUGUUGGGUUUCUGCGUGCCUCUGGGUGGGGAGUUUUGGAACAGCCUGGUUUGGGGCUUGAAAACCAAACACAACCCCUCCUUACCUUCCCCCACCCCCUGGCCUGAGUCAUGUAAACCCAAGUCCUUGGGGGCCACAGGAGAUGUGGACACAGAGAAACUUUCCACCCUGACAGCACUACUUGGCUGUUUGCUCCCCUCACUGUCGCUGCUAAUGCGGUUCUGUACCGGGAGGCAGCAGGCAGAGGGACGCUAGGCGGCAGCCCUCUCCAGCGAAGGCUAGAUGGUGAGUCCUCCGCUUGCUGGGGCUACCCAAACCUUGGGUGGAGCUGAGAGCCAGGCUUCAGAGCCCACCCACCUCACCUCGAAGGCACUGCAGGGCCAGGGCUGAAGGGGGAUCCUCUGUCUUCGGGCUCCGGCAGUCAAGCCCCACGUCUGACUGUGAAUCCUGCUUGGUCAACUUCCCAAGUACUUGGGGGGCUCCGCCAGAGUCACCCCGAGCAUCCAGCCUCAUCCUCCACCCAUCAGAAGCAUGAGUGUGAGCCAGACCAUGGAGGACAGCUGUGAGCUGGACCUGGUGUACAUCACGGAGAGGAUCAUUGCCGUCUCCUUCCCCAGCACAGCCAACGAGGAGAACUUCCGGAGCAACCUCCGCGAGGUGGCCCAAAUGCUCAAGUCCAAACAUGGAGGCAACUACCUGCUUUUCAACCUCUCUGAGCGGAGACCUGACAUUACAAAGCUCCACGCCAAGGUGCUGGAAUUCGGCUGGCCUGACUUACACACCCCCGCCCUGGAGAAGAUCUGCGGUGUCUGCAAGGCCAUGGACACCUGGCUCAACGCUGAUCCCCACAAUGUCGUCGUGCUACACAACAAGGGAAACCGAGGCAGGAUAGGUGUGGUCAUCGCGGCUUACAUGCAUUACAGCAACAUUUCUGCCAGUGCUGACCAGGCUCUGGACCGGUUUGCAAUGAAACGGUUCUAUGAGGAUAAGAUUGUUCCCAUUGGUCAACCAUCCCAGAGAAGGUAUGUGCAUUACUUCAGCGGCCUCCUCUCUGGCUCCAUCAAAAUGAACAACAAGCCCUUGUUUCUGCACCACGUGAUCAUGCACGGCAUCCCCAACUUUGAAUCUAAAGGAGGCUGUCGGCCCUUUCUGCGGAUCUACCAGGCCAUGCAACCUGUUUACACGUCUGGCAUCUACAACGUUCAAGGAGACAGCCAGACAAGCAUCUGCAUUACCAUCGAGCCUGGGCUGCUCUUAAAGGGAGACAUCUUGCUGAAGUGCUACCACAAGAAGUUCCGAAGCCCAGCACGUGAUGUCAUCUUCCGUGUGCAGUUCCACACCUGUGCCAUCCAUGACUUGGGUAUUGUCUUCGGGAAGGAAGACCUUGAUGAUGCCUUCAAAGAUGAUCGAUUUCCAGAAUAUGGCAAAGUGGAGUUUGUAUUUUCUUACGGGCCAGAGAAAAUUCAAGGCAUGGAGCACCUGGAGAACGGGCCAAGUGUGUCUGUGGACUACAACACCUCCGACCCCCUCAUCCGCUGGGACUCCUACGACAACUUCAGUGGGCAUCGAGAGGAUGGCAUGGAGGGGUCUUCGACACUGGGCUGGGGACCUCCUACCUCUUCCCAUCUCAUCAGUAAAGAGGUGGUGGGACACACCCAGGGGCCACUGGACGGGAGUCUCUACGCCAAGGUGAAGAAGAAGGACUCCCUGCACGGGAGCACUGGGGCCGUCAAUACAGCACGCCCCACCCUCUCAGCCACCCCCAACCACGUGGAGCACACGCUGUCCGUGAGCAGUGACUCGGGCAACUCCACAGCCUCCACCAAGACAGACAAGACUGAUGAGCCUGUCCUGGGCACCUCCAGUGCCCCGGCUGCCCUAAGCCCCGAGGAGAAGCGUGAGCUGGAUCGCCUGCUCAGCGGCUUUGGCUUAGAGCGAGAGAAGCAAGGCCCCAUGUACCACGCCCAGCACCUUAGGUCCCGCCAGGCUGGGGGCCCUGCUGCACCCUCCUCUGGUCGACAUGUUGUCCCAGCCCAGGUGCAUGUCAAUGGUGGGGCCUUGACAUCUGAGCGGGAGACAGACAUCUUGGACGAUGAGCUACCCAACCAGGAUGGGCACAGUGUGGGCAGCAUGGGUACACUGUCCUCCCUGGAUGGCGUCACCAACACCAGUGAGGGGGGCUACCCGGAGGCCCUCUCCCCACUGACCAAUGGUCUGGACAAGCCCUACCCAGUGGAACCCAUGGUCAAUGGUGGGGGCUACCUCUACGAGUCAGCCAGUCGGGCGAUCCCUGCCCAUGCUGACCACCCAGCCCCUGUGCGGCCCUCUUACUCUGCACAGGAGGGUUUAGCUGGGUACCAACAGGAGGGCCCCCACCCAUCCUGGCCACAGCCAGUGACCACCUCCCACUAUGGCCAUGACCUCAGCAGUAUGUUCCGCUCUCAGUCCUUUCCGGAAACUGAGCCCCAGCUACCCCCAGCUCCAGCCCGCAGUGGAAGUAGCCGGGAGGCAGUGCAGAGGGGGCUGAAUUCGUGGCAGCAACAGCAGCAGCAGCAGCAGCAGCAGCAGCAACAGCAGCAGCAGCCACCUCGUCCCCCUCCCCGCCAGCAGGAAAGAGCCUACUUGGACAGUCUAGUGCCCAGCAGACCCAGCCCUCAGCCACUGUCAGAGACCCCAACCCCUGGUCUCCCUGAGUUCCCAAGGGCAGCCUCCCAGCAGGAGAUUGAGCAAUCCAUUGAAGCCCUCAACAUGCUGAUGCUGGAUCUGGAGCCCGCCUCAGCUGCUGCCCCCCUUCACAAGUCCCAGAGUGUCCCAGGGGCCUGGCCAGGGGCUUCCCCACUCUCCUCCCAGCCCUUCUCUGGAUCCUCCCGCCAGUCUCAGCCACUGACCCAGUCCAGAUCUGGCUACAUCCCGAGUGGGCAUUCCUUGGGAACUGCUGAGCUGGCCCCACGGGCCUCCCUGGAGUCCAUCCCACCUGGCAGGUCUUACUUGCCUUAUGAUUAUCAGCCAUGUCCAGCUGGGCUUAACCAGAGUUUCCGUCCAAAGAGCCCAGCCUCCUCCUCCUCGUCUGCCUUUCUUCCAAAUGCCCAUAGCCCUCUAGGGCCUCAGCAGCCCCCGGCCUCUCUCCCUGGCCUCCCCACGCAGCCUCAGCUCCCAUCAAAGGAGGUGACUUCAGACCCAUCCCGAACUCCAGAGGAAGAGCCAUUGAACCUGGAAGGGCUGGUGGCCCACCGGGUAGCAGGAGUGCAGGCUCGGGAGAAGCAGCCUACAGAGCCCCCAGCCCCUCUCCGGAGGCGGGCAGCCAGCGAUGGACAGUAUGAGAACCAGUCUCCAGAACCCACAUCCCCCCGGAGCCCUGGGGUCCGCUCCCCCGUCCAGUGUGUCUCCCCGGAGCUGGCUCUUACCAUUGCUCUCAAUCCUGGAGGGCGUCCCAAAGAGCCCCAUCUGCACAGCUACAAGGAGGCCUUCGAGGAGAUGGAGGCGACCUCCCCAGCCAGCCCCUCGCCCAGUGGUGUGCGCUCCCCUCCGGGUCUGGCGAAGACACCCCUGUCUGCUCUGGGCCUGAAACCCCACAACCCAGCGGACAUCCUGUUGCACCCUACAGGCGAGCCCCGGAGCUAUGUCGAGUCUGUGGCGCGGACAGCCGUGGCUGGGCCCCGAGCCCAGGAGCCUGAGACUCAAAGUUUUAGCGCCCCAGCUGCCCAAGCCAAUGGCCACGAGACACCCCUGAGGAACGGGGCACUGGGCGGCUCCUUUGUCUCUCCCAGCCCCCUCUCCACCAGCAGCCCCAUCCUCAGCGCUGACAGCACUUCAGUGGGGAGUUUCCCAUCAGGGGAGAGCAGUGACCAGGGCCCUCGAACACCCACCCAGCCAUUGUUGGAUUCUGGCUUCCGCUCCAGCAGCCUGGGGCAGCCCAGUCCUUCAGCCCAGAGAAGCUACCAGAGCUCCUCUCCUCUCCCGACCGUGGGGAGCAGCUACAGCAGCCCGGACUACUCUCUCCAGCAGUUCAACUCGUCUCCAGAAAGCCAGGCCCGGCCUCAGUUCAGUGUGGCUGGCGUCCACACGGUGCCUGGGAGCCCGCAGGCACGCCACAGGACAGUGGGCACCAACACUCCCCCUAGUCCUGGCUUUGGCCGGCGGGCCACCAACCCCAGCAUGGCUGCCCCCAGCAGUCCCAGUUUAAGCCACCGCCAAGUGACGGGUCCCCAUGGGAACACAGGAACUGGUUUCCAUGGUAGCAUGGUCUCCAGCCCCCAGAGCAGUGCGGCGACAACUCCGGGGAGCCCCAGCCUGGGCCGGCACCCAGCAGGGGCCCCCCAGGCCUCAAGCUUCUAUGGCAAUGUGGCGACCACUCCAGGGAGCCCUAGCCUAGGUCGGCACCCAGCAGGGGCCCCACAGGCCUCAGGCUUCCAUAGCAAUGUGGCGACCACUCCCGGGAGCCCUGGCCUGGGCCGGCACCUUGGAGCCCACCAAGGCAACCUGGCCUCCAGUCUCCAUGGCAACGCAAUAGCCAGCCCCGGAAGUCCCAGCCUGGGUCGUCACCUGGGAGGGUCUGGAUCUGUAGUUCCUGGCAGCCCUAGCUUGGACCGGCAUGUGGCCUAUGGUGGCCACUCUACCCCUGAGGACCGGAGACCUACAUUGUCCCGGCAGAGCAGUGCCUCCGGCUACCAGGCUCCCUCCACGCCUUCCUUCCCUGUCUCCCCUGCCUACUACCCUGGCCUGAGCAGCCCUGCCACCUCCCCAUCACCGGAUUCAGCAGCCUUCCGGCAAGGGAGCCCAACACCAGCCUUGCCAGAGAAGCGGAGGAUGUCGGUAGGAGACCGAGCAGGCAGCCUCCCCAACUAUGCUACCAUCAACGGGAAGGUGUCUUCCUCGCCUGUCGCCAGUGGCAUGUCCAGUCCCAGUGGGGGCAGCACCGUCUCUUUCUCCCACACUCUGCCUGACUUCUCCAAGUACUCCAUGCCAGACAACAGCCCCGAGACGCGGGCUAAAGUGAAGUUUGUCCAGGACACUUCCAAGUAUUGGUACAAGCCUGAGAUCUCACGAGAACAGGCCAUUGCACUCCUUAAGGACCAGGAGCCAGGGGCCUUUAUCAUCCGUGACAGCCACUCCUUCAGAGGAGCCUAUGGGCUGGCCAUGAAAGUGUCUUCUCCCCCUCCAACCAUCAUGCAGCAGAAUAAAAAAGGAGACAUGACCCAUGAGCUGGUGAGGCAUUUCCUGAUAGAGACCGGUCCCAGAGGAGUCAAGCUCAAGGGAUGUCCCAAUGAGCCAAACUUCGGUUCUCUAUCUGCCCUGGUCUACCAGCACUCCAUCAUCCCAUUGGCUCUGCCCUGUAAGCUGGUCAUUCCAAACCGAGACCCCACAGAUGAAUCAAAAGAUAGCUCAGGCUCUGCCAACUCAACCACCGAUCUGCUGAAGCAAGGGGCAGCCUGCAAUGUGCUGUUCGUCAACUCUGUGGACAUGGAGUCACUCACUGGGCCACAGGCCAUCUCCAAAGCCACAUCUGAGACAUUGGCUGCUGACCCCACACCAGCUGCCACCAUUGUUCACUUCAAAGUCUCCGCCCAGGGAAUCACACUGACUGACAACCAGAGAAAGCUCUUCUUCAGACGACACUAUCCCCUCAACACUGUCACUUUCUGUGCCCUGGAUCCACAGGAAAGAAAGUGGAUGAAAACUGAGGGAGGUGCCCCUGCAAAGCUCUUCGGCUUUGUGGCGCGGAAGCAGGGCAGCACCACAGACAAUGCCUGCCACCUCUUCGCUGAGCUUGACCCCAACCAGCCUGCCUCUGCCAUUGUCAACUUCGUCUCCAAGGUCAUGCAGAGCGCCGGCCAGAAGAGAUGAGCUACCGCCCCUUGCCCAGGGCCAGGGCAGUGGGGAUGGGGCACGUGGGGAGGGGACCCAGGAAUCCUGACCACCCUUGAAUCCAGAAGGAGGACUUUGGGCCAAUUUUGGUGAAGGAGAGAAGAAAGUGCAACGUGGGGAGAGGAAAGUGAAUUGCAGAGGGGACGGGGGGAGAAAAACGAGAGAGAGAGAGAGAGAAAGAAAACGAUGGAGGAGAAUAAUUUAGAUUCCCCUAGGUUGAUGGAAACUGCAAAAACCCCAAAGCCUCCAAAACUCACCAGGUCCACCUAACUCCCCGUUUACCUCUCCGAGAGGAUGCAACCCCUCAAAGGAGAUGGAACAAGCCUCCUUUGGGAUCCAUGUUUUUUGGGAAAAUGGAAAAUCUCCAUCUCCCUAACUCAACUGCUUUGCAAGGAGAAAUCAAGCUGAGAGACUUUUUCUGGCCACCUGGAGGGUAGGUUGCCUAACUAAACAGAGCCUGCAGGGGAUAUCAAGCAGCCAUCCUUUUUACUUCUGGAAGUAUUUCAGACCUGAGGAACCCCAAGGUCUCCUGGCUCUGCCUCUGAGUGUUGGUGCCUGUGGGUGUAUAUAUGUCCACAUCCACCUGCUUACACAUCGGUUUAUAUUUGCCUCUAUCAGCUAGAAGUAUAAACAGCUCCACAUGUACGUGUCCCGUGUGUUUGCACACACAUGUGCAUCCUAACCAGAGAACAUUAGAGUUGGUGGGGGGGACAGGACAGCAGGGCGGGAAUAUAAGCCUUGUCCGCAGGAGCGCCCCAGAUGGUGGGUAACAGACUCUCUCUCCUGGUGCUUGCACUUCCACUCUAGUAGCCCUAGGUGCCGCCAGCCCCUCCUCGUCUACAAAGACCCCUGCAGGAGGAGCGGCCACUCCUAUAGCAUUGCCCCUGUUCUUCCUUGGCAAGGAGGCUGGGAGCUUUGCUUUCAGGGGGAUAGAAAUAUGUGUGCCCAUAGCUUUGGGGAAAGACAUCUGCCAGGAAGGGCGCCAUUGGGCUCCAGCCUCUUCCUCUUGGAUGUGGGUCAGCAGGAAGGUAGGCAAGUUGCUCCCACCAGUUCCCUGGACUCUGCCUUAGCCCUCAUCCCUCAGCCCCAAUCUUGGGUUUCUCACUCCAGAACCAGCCUUAUCUCAGACUUGCUAUCUGCAUGUUGCCUUUUUGGGUUCUGGGAAUGGAGCCUUCCUGCUUUGCCCUCCCUGGGCUUUGCCUUGCAGGGUCUCCAUCUUGGCCUCAGCCUGGAAAACCUGCUUCCAGAAGCCCUGCUCAGCAAGGCCAAUGGGAAAAGCUUGGAGUCCUUGUGCUCUAUGUUUUUGAGGUACUCUCUGGCUGGGCCUGCCAGGGCGACAACAACUGAGCUCCUGGGACUUCUACCUGUGCACCACGUGGCCUGCCCUCCAAUGCCAAAGCCUCUUUGUUCCUCCUUCUGCCUUAGUUUCCCCAGCAGCGCCAAGCUGCCCAAGGAGCAGAAAGCAGACAGCAUACCAUUAGAUGAAAGAGCCCAGGGUCUGUUUGGACUGUUGAGAAAACCCCUGACAACCUCCCCAGGACAAUAAGCCAGAAUGGAAAAUUCAUCAGGACUCUAUUCUGGAGUGGUUUCUUAAGCCUAUGGGGUCCCCAUAUAGAAAGGCAUUGUACUGAUAUAUAAAUAUAUAUGUAAUAUAUACACGAGACAUACUGACAAAUUCUGUAAGCUAAUAAAAUUUAAGAAAAGGUUAAAAAAAAAAAAGAAUAGGUAAAUUGACAAGAAGUAUUUAUUGUUUUCCCAUACUGCUUCAUUGCCUCCCCAGGCACAAACCAAUCCUUAUCUUUUUUUGUAUGUAUAACUAAAGCCUGAGAGGUAGGGGUUUUUUAUCCUUGGAGAGACCAGGGGCCUCCUUUCCUUGGCCUUGGCCUUCCUGGACUCUGCCCAGGGCUCAGUGGGGAGAGGGUGCCCCCUUUCUUUCCUGGCAAGCCCAGGGUCCAGCAGUUAGCUCUCAGAGAUGUGUGGGGAUCUGCACCCAUUGCCGAGGUCCUGAGGGAGCAUGUGAGCAUGGGAAGGACUUGGGUGUGAGUGGUGGACAUGGGUGAUGUAUGUAUCUUUCGUAUUAUUUCUCCUCCAAGAAGCUGUGUGGACGUUCAGUUUCAAGGAGUUGGAAAGGAGAGUGUCUGAAGAAGGUGGGGAGCAAGGGCUUCCCAAAGAGUGAAACUCUGAACUUGGUGACCGAGACAUCUCCUGAAUGCUCUUCCUUCUGAGACAUUCAUGCAGAUACCUGGAUUCUCCCCUUUCCUCAUUCUCUAGGUAACCCCAGUUUUCAUCCAGUAUAGAGGGUGAUAUUUCCCCAACCCUUCCUUCUUACAAAUUGUAAUUUCCCACUGAAUAGCCUAGAAGGUCUCGUCCACCUGGUCCGGAUGGAGCAUCAGGCCCUUGGACAGCCAGACCCAGGCCCCGGACUGAGUCUGGGGUCAGCCUUCAUACUCUUUUCCCCAUAUACCCACCGCCCACCAGCAACCCACUUCCAGGCAUGGCCAGCCCACUAUACUUCAGGCCCUAGCCAUGUGUGACCCUGCAGGAAGGACCCAAAUCAGCAUUUGAAAGCUGAUCACCUCACUCCCCAGCACUCCUCUGGAAGGAGCUGGUUUCCUAGAGUUUGAUAUUCCUGACUUUGAUGGUGUCUCCGCAUUAGCUUGGCCUCUCCAGAAGAAUGAUGGGGGAGGGUACCCCAGUCUCCACAGUAGCUCCCUCUGGGUCAAACACUGGUUGGGGAAGAUACUGUAGCCCCCCACGUGAUGGAGACUGUCCCACAGGUGGGCCCGUGCACCCGUGCGCACACCAACACCACACACAGCAUGCAGUGUAUUCUUGCCAAAGACUGCCUUUCAAAGAAAGCACUUUUCAUAAUUGUUAUUAUUUUGUAAAUGCGUAUCCUUUCUUCCCUUCUCCUCCCCCACCCUCAACCUGAUUUGUUGUUGUUUAUUGUUGAAUCUGUUUGUCAGCCAGGAGAGUGUUGUCUGGUCUUGGAAAUAGGCUGGGGUGGGAAAGGGUCUGGGAGGAGUUGACAAGAAGGAGUGGGACAUGGUAGCCUGGGGUGCAGACCCCAAGUAGGCUCAGGCUCCAGCCCCAGCCCACAAUCUUCUAAGGCAGGUGUGGGGCCUUGCCACAGCCAGUCUGGAUGGUAUACAGAGGAAGAGGACAGGGAAGUGACAUCUCUCCGAUUCAUCAAGGAGGGAAGCCUAGCAAGGCGCAUGUGGCUGUUCCCAGAUGGAACAAGAGGGGAGGGUUAGGCAUGGGGACAGUAGAGAGGUGACUCCAGAGGGAAAAAGGGGAGAAAAUGUGUUGUUUGAUCACCCUCCAGGGUGACAUGCCCUGGCCUUGCUGUCAUGGUGGCCUAGCUCCCCCGGUAUUUGAGGGACCCAUGUUUCAUAUCCUAGGAAAGGCCUUUUGAUCCCACAUCCUUACCUGAGCCUCUGUCUCAGCAGUUCAGGAAAGCUUGUGGACACUGACUGCUAGUUUUGCUUCUCCCCUGGUGUUGGAGGAAUCCUUCUGAGUGUCAGGGACUGGCCAGAAUAGGCAAGGGGCAGGGGCAGUGGGGCCUGGUGGCUGUGGGUCAGAAGGAGGGAGCAGCCAGCUAAAGAAAUGAGAGUCUUCUAUAAGUGGGUUCUCGGGAGGGAAAGAGUAGGGGAUUCUUCUGCCCCAUUCUGAGGGACCUGAGUAGAGGUUGGGCAGGCUCCUUGGGCUAUCCCGGGGGCUGCAAAGGAGUCUGAGCAUGAACACCAUUGGUCCUUGCUCCAGACUUUUGCCCACCUGCCCUGCCUCCUGGGUCUUCUCCCCCUCCUUUGGCUUUUUCCCAGCUUCAGGACCUACCUGGAGAGAUCAGGUGGGCCAAUGCCCCAUUCAAGGGCUGCCUCCCUCCCCUCUACCUUGUCCGGGGUAAUAUAGGAUGUGUGUGUGUGUGUGCAAGUGUGGAUGUGUGCGUGAAAAUUCUGCUCAUCUCUUUAGGGAAUUCGAGGGUGGGGUUGAAGGUGGUGGGCAAAGGGAUGUCAAGUUCAAUCUCACCCAGCAGUGAAAAGAAUCAGGAGGCAAGGUGUGUAGGGCCAUGGAUUGGUGGAGUCUCAGUCUUGGUGAUGGUGAGGAUCAGGCCUCAUGGGAUGGGGCAGAGGCUGCUCUGUUCCUUCUUGACUCCAGGCUCUUCCCAGCGGCUAGGUUAUUGUGGAGGGAUGUCCCAAAUUAGUUUUCUAAUCAGUGUUAAACAGUUUGAAACUCUCCUGAGUGUACAUGUUUGUUUGUGUGUGUGAGAGAGAGCACGUCUAUGUAUGCAUGCUGUUUCCCCAUUUCCUCUCCUCUCUGACACGUCAUUCAAAACAAAUGCAAGAAAUCCUUGGCCACUUCCCGCCACCCCCUCAGACCCUCUCCAGGAAAAACCAAAUAACCCAGCCUCCUUCCCAUCCUCGGCUGUGUAUUUAUAUAGAUGGAAAUAUACUUUAUAUUUGUAUCAUCGUGCCUGUAACCUUUGCCACUGUGUAUAAAUCUUGAUGUAUGCUACUUACCUUGGAUAUGAAUGUACUGUACGCUGAUGCUGUCCUCACUUCCUGUACAGCUGCUUUGUUUCUUUGCGAUCCAUUGUAUGGCUUUAUAAAUGAUAAAGUUCCAAAAACUC